GCUCAUUUGCAGUACAGUCUGUAGCCUACUGUUGGUAUUGCAAUCGAUAAGUGUUCGAUGUAGGGUGACCUGAAAUCUGGGUAGGCUGUGUAAGUGUAAUGGAAUAUCAUAAGUAGAUAUAUGCAAUGUAAGACACAAGAGCGCAAGAGAGGCGGAGAGUAGGGGGAGAGAGGAGGGGAAGAGAGAGAGGAGGGAGGGCAGAAACUCUCGUACACACACUCACACAGGCGCACACACCACACUGCGGAGUUCAGGCGAGGGGAGAUGACAGGGUGAAAGAGAAGAACGAAAUUACAGCGCACAGCAAACAACCCAUUCAGCUGCUGCCAGUCCGGCCGAUAUCAGGACCGCAGGACUGCCGCUCGACCCGAUCAGAUAGUCUGGGACCCCGGGAUUGUCCUCCUGGAACCCAGCGGACUGGCUCCCAUCAUGCCGGCCAUUCGCUUGGGUGAAAGUCGUGCUCGCUGCGCCCUUCUUUGGAUGGGGAUACUGUGGACAGUAUCACUGGCCCAAGAAGAGGCCACCCCUGGUUCUCCAGCCACUUCAGGUACUCUGGCUCCAGAGGAAGCUCAGAGGGAAAGCCUGCGAGGAGCAGCCUCUGUGGGACAGGGUCUCCUGGAGUCGGUCCUGGCCCACCGGGACCAGCUGCUCUCCCAGGGUGGCCGAGUGCUGCCCAGCGCGCUCCCCCAGGACCUGCUGCCCAUGCUGGGGAAGGGGCUGGGAGGAGCUGGGGGGGUCCUGUCUCCAGAGCAGGAAGGGCUGCUGAAGAGGAUGCUACCUGGAGCCGCUGCUGCUGCUGCUGCAGAGGUGGGGGUGGGGCUGGGGACACGUGAUUCGGGACCCCCCACCACCUCACUGGCCAGUGCAGAUGCCCCACCCACAUCUGAGAGAGAGGCAGAGCCAGGGCCAGUGAGCAGCUCUGAAGUGGAGGAGGAUGAGGAAGAGGAAGAGCAGGAAGGGACUACAAAUCCCAGCAACACUGUCACGCCCACCGCAGUUGUGGUCGACACAGAGCCAGACAUGGGCACACUGGCACCAGCAGUAUCAAGUUGCAUGAUCAAUUUCUCUGACCCGGAGGGCUACAUCGAUUCCUCAGAUGACCCUCCGCUCCCAGACGGGGCUUUUCUGCAGUGCACGUACACCGUCACCGUCUAUACUGGGUAUGGUGUGGAGCUGCAGAUCAAGAGCGUCAAUCUGUCAGAGGGCGAGCAGCUGUCAAUCAGAGGGGUGAACGAGGCGGGUGCCCUGAUAGUCCUGGCCAAUCACACGCUCCUGGUGGAGGGUCAGGUGAUCCGCAGCCCGACCAAUACCAUCUCUGUCUUCUUCCGCUCUUUCUCAGAAGGACCAAUGGGCACCUUCCAGCUGCACUAUCAGAUCUUUGGUCUGAGCUGCACCCUGCCGCGUCGCCCUCACUUUGGGGAGGUGUCGGUGCUGAAUCUGCACCCUGGCGGCACGGCGCACUUUCACUGCCACAUGGGCUAUCACCUGCAGGGGGCAGCGCAGCUCACCUGCCUCAAUGCCUCAAUGCCCAUCUGGAGCGCCAAGGAACCCAGCUGCAGAGCUCUCUGUGGAGGUUCGGUGAAAAACGCCACUGUGGGUCGCGUUCUCUCCCCCUCCCCCCACCCAGGACCCAACAACACACUGGACCGGAGCUGCUCCUGGUCGCUGGAGGCCCCCGCAGGACAGAGACUACACCUGCACCUGGAGAGGAUGAACCUCGGGCCCACAGACAGGUUGGUGUUAUGGAGUGGUCUGGACGCAGGUUCUGUGGUGCUUUUUGACUCUGCGAGGGGGGGGCCCAUCCCGUUUGAGGGCGUGAUCAGCGAGGGACCGGCUGUCCGGGUCCAGUUCAUCACUGACCAGCCCAACCACAACACCGGCUUCAACAUCCGAUUCGAGGCGUUUGAGAAGGGCCACUGCUAUGAGCCGUACAUCCAAAAUGGCAACUUCACCACCUCGGACCCUGCGUACGGGGUGGGAGCCGUGGUGCAGUUCACCUGUGACCCCGGUCACUCGCUGGAGCAGGGCCCUCCCGUCAUCGAGUGCAUCAACACCAGAGACCCCUACUGGAAUGACACGGAACCUCUAUGUAAAGCUCUGUGUGGGGGAGACCUGGCGGGCCCCAGCGGGGUGAUUCUGUCCCCAAACUGGCCCGACUCGUACGGGGAGGGGGAGGACUGCAACUGGAGGCUGCACGUGGGCGAGGACAAACGGAUCCUCCUGGAUGUGCAACUGCUGAACCUGAGUGACAGUGAUAUGGUGACUAUACUGGACGGUGACGAGGUGACCACACGUAUUCUGGGCCAGUAUGUAGGGGGCACCAGCCCCUUCAAGCUGUCCUCCACCACACCGGACCUCACCAUCACAUUCCACUCCGACCCCGCCGGCCUGGUCUUCGGCAAGGGCGAAGGCUUCAUCAUCAACUACAUGGAGGUGUCGAGGAACGACUCGUGUCCAGACUUGCCUGAGAUCCAGAACGGCUGGAAGACCACGUCACACACAGCUCUGGUGCGAGGGGCACGCAUCACCUACCAGUGUGACCCUGGAUACGACCUGGUCGGCCGGGAGACGCUUACCUGUCAGCUAGACCUCACCUGGAGCAUGCAGCCCCCCUUCUGUGAAAAGAUUAUGUAUUGUUCAGAUCCAGGCCACGUGGAGCAUUCAACUCGAAGUCUCUCUGAUCCCAAGCUUCUGGUGGGGACCGCCAUUCAGUACACCUGCAAUCCGGGCUUUGUCCUGCAGGGUGGCGCUACUCUCACCUGUUACGGACGGGAGCCUGGAACUCCUGUCUGGACAGCCCGUCUGCCUCACUGUGUUUCGGAGGACUCUGUGUCUUGCGAGAACCCAGGGCUCCCGGAGAAUGGCUACCAGAUCCUGUCCAAGAGGCUGUACCUGCCAGCCGAGACCCUCACUUUCAUGUGCUACCAGGGCUACGAGCUGGAUGGCGAGUUCGCCAUCAAGUGCAUUCUGGGAAAUCCCUCAUUCUGGAGCGGCCCACUUCCUCUCUGUCGAGCCAGGCCAGACUGCUUUGGCAACCAUGCUCUGGAGGUGGCAGAGGCGGCUGCUAGCUCGUCUCUGGACGGGGGCAACAUGGCGCUGGCCAUCUUUAUCCUGGUGCUUCUGCUCUCCGUGCUGCUGGGCGGCGUCUAUGUCUAUGUGACGAGGUGUCGCUAUCACUCAAACCUGCGCCUGCCUUUGAUGUACCCCCACCCAUACAGUCAGAUCACCGUGGAGACAGAGUUUGACAACCCACUCUAUGAAACAGGAGGGGACACAAGAGAGUAUGAGGUGUCAAUAUGAUGAGCCCACCAGAGGAUUGGCCCCAGCCCAUCGUGAUUCCACCCCAUCAGAUGAUUUGUAAAUAGCCCCGCCCCUACCCUGUCCUCAGCCUCAUAAAACAUGUCUGCAGUAUGCACAGCUGCCGCUAGGGGGCAGACAAACACAACGUGAGAGGGAUGCAAUGACAGAAAACAGGAAGAGAAGUAGUCCCAGUGAA